CCCGAAUACAGCUGUUUUCCGCGAGAACACCAGCUCUAGGAUCGUGAUAGGGGGAAGCCAUCGCGCGAUGCCAGACAUUCGUAAAGAAUGUGUCUUAUUUUACAGUCACGUGCGGUUUCAGAUUCUGCUGCCACGUGCUACCCUAUCAAAAGUUCACCCUCUCUAAAUUCUUAUGAGAAUCAUUACUAAGUUUACUAUUCUUGGACAACAAGGAAGUGGACAUUCAAGUUGAUGUACUUACUGGCAAAGAUUGGAAUCCAGAAGCGUUAGGAAAUGAUGCCUCGGUGGAACCUUCCACGCGGCAAGAGGCAACGAUGGUGCACCCCAGAUCAUCUUUGGUCUCACAAAUGCAGCCACCUUCUUCCUUCCCGACAUUUUUUGGGCAAGUCAUCGCAGCUGCAUCACUCGCAGUCUUUCAACCACAACCAUCCUAUCCCGCAGGAAGACACCAAAUGAGCCACCAAGCAGAUGGUGUAUCAAGUUCGUAUCCUGGUGAUCCAAACAUAAUGACUCCGAGCCAGGUUUCACCAACCCCUCUAAGGACCUACCAAUCUUCCUCACCUCUGGCCGGUUUGCCAAAGAGUCUAUCGAGACUGAACUUUGUUAACUUGCAAGGGAUACAAGGCGGUCCUCCUUCGUGGAGCCCAACUGAGAUGAGUGCGAGAAACUCGAUGGUCAACGGAGGACACGCCGGGCCCAAUCCGGAUGCCUUCCACCGCGACAAUACCACGCACCAAGAAAAAGGCCAAAGGAAAAGAAAGGCCGAUGAAACCAUUGAUUAUUCCGAUACUGAUACUGCGGGGAAGAGGAGGAAGGCUUUUGACCAGUGAAGCACGCAAGAUCUCUCGACUCGGGAGUCUCUUUCCUGAUGAUUAUCAAUAUUGGCAAAUAUGGGUACUGUUUCUUCCGUUAAUUAGAAUGGCAAGAACUUUGGGGUCGGCAUCCGGCUAAAGAAAGAGUAGGGUGGAUAUUUGAUUCAUUUGAGAACUAGAAGGAUGGCAUCUUCAAGGCGCGUGUCUUACGAACUCAACAUUAGGAAUGGAACCGGCUACCAAGAGCAUUAAUUUGUUUCCGAGUCCAAAUCCAAACUCAGUGGUAAAACACCGCAGAUGUGAGUCGUGCAAGCCGAACAUGGUUCGGAGGGACGUGGAUUCCUGAGACUGCCAAAGCU